GCUCUUACGGCCCGGCGGGUGAGCCUGCGCCGUGGGUUUUCCUGUACGUCUGGAAGCCUGGUUGCCGCCCCGCGGGGAGCGCCCGGACCUCACGGUUGGGUGAACAGGCCUGCUCCAGAGCAGAAUGGCUCUGAAACUGAUUUGCCAGGGAUAGUGGCAAAGAGAUUCCAAAAGGAUGAAUACCAAGAUUCUACAUUUGAAGCAAAAUAUGUUUGUGAGAAUAUGAAGGAAAGCCCUCCCAGAGAGGUUCCAGGACCAUGCGUUUUCCAAGAAGGAGGUUUUGGGGAAAUAACUCUUAUCCACAAAGAAACACCUCCAGAAGUGAUUAGCCAAGAAUAUAAUUUUGAGAGAAGUUUGCUUUUGACCUCAAACCUUGCUACACAUCUCAGAGUUUCUACAGAAGAGAGUCUACAUCAGUGGGAGACAAGUAGCAUACACACCAAUGAGAUUUCAGACCAAAGUAAAUGUCUGACCCUCUCUACAGAGGAAAAAUCUUGGAAAUGUAGUGAAUGUGGAAAAACUUUUACUCAAAGCUCAUCAUUUACCCAACAUCAGAGAACUCACAGGAGACCCUAUGCUUGUGAGGAUUGUGGGAAAACCUUUAGUCGUACCUCAUUCCUUGUUCGACAUCAAAGAAUUCACACUGGAGUGAAACCAUAUGGAUGUGAGCUGUGUGGGAAAACAUUCCGAUGUCAAUCAUUUCUUACUCAACAUCAGAGAAUCCACACUGGAGAGAAACCGUAUAAAUGUAAUGAAUGUGGGAAUUCCUUCCGUAAUCAUUCACAUCUCACUGAACACAGGAGAGUUCACACUGGAGAGAAACCAUAUAAAUGCAAUAGAUGUGGGAAGGCCUUCAGUCAGAACACACACCUCAUUCAUCAUCAGAGAAUUCAUACUGGUGAGAAACCUUAUUUAUGCAAUGAAUGUGGCUCUUCUUUUCGCAAACACUCAAAUCUUACACAACAUCAGAGAAUUCACACUGGAGAGAAACCCUAUAAAUGUGAUGAAUGUGCGAAAACUUUCCAUACAAAGGCAAACCUCUCUCAGCAUCAGAGAAUUCAUACUGGAGAGAAACCCUAUAAAUGUAAGGAAUGUGGGAAAGCCUUUUGUCAGAGCCCAUCCCUUAUUAAACACCAGCGAAUUCAUACUGGAGAAAAACCCUAUAAAUGUAAAGAAUGUGGCAAAGCUUUUGCUCAGAGCACCCCACUCACUAAACAUCAGAGAAUUCAUACAGGGGAAAGACCCUACAAGUGCAGUGAAUGUGGUAAAGCUUUCAUUCAGAGCAUUUGCCUUAUUCGGCAUCAGAGAAGUCAUACUGGAGAAAAACCCUAUAAAUGCAAUGAAUGUGGGAAGGGCUUUAAUCAGAAUACCUGCCUCACUCAGCAUAUGAGGAUUCAUACUGGGGAGAAACCCUAUAAAUGUCAAGAAUGUGGGAAAGCCUUUGCUCACAACACAUCUCUUACUGAACAUCAUAGAACUCACACUGGUGAAAAGCUCUAUAAAUGUAGUGAGUGUGAGAAAACCUUCCGCAAGUAUGCACACCUUAGUGAACAUUAUAGGAUUCACACUGGUGAGAAGCCUUAUGAGUGCAUUGAAUGUGGAAGAUUCUUCAGACAUAGUUCAGUCCUUUUCAGACAUCAGAAACUUCACAGUGGUGAAUAAACCUGGGAUUCAAGUUACAACAGUUUCUCUAGCAAGAGUGACUAGGAAUCUGGCUGAGGGGAGAGGGACAGGAAGAGUUUCUGGGGGGAAGGAGAAGGAGCCUUGGAUACUAUGCUCAGAAGGGUAUUUCCAGAAAUGGUGGUGGGAACUUGGAGAAUGCAGAGCCUACUCCAGGGGGGCAUCUGGGAGUGCAGUUUCUUUUCAGAGGGUUCCCUGCUUCUUGCUGUUCCUCUCUCCCCAUGGCACACUCCUGCCUGGAGGUGCCAUUUGUUAAGUUAGCACUGUGCUUCUCUUACCACACCCCCACCUCACCUCCCCAACUUGUCACUUGUGUUCACUGGCCAGUAGGCUGAGGUGAUUUUCUAAGCACUAAUUGUCAUUGUGAAAGUGGGAGCAGUUCUGAGGUAGUGCUGAGUAGCCUGCAGAUGGUCUGAGGCAGCUCUGACCAUGCUACUGUGGGGAGGGUGCCCAUUUGUGGGAGUGGUCCCAUAAAGGGGAGACAGAUACAACUGAAAACAAAGAAUCAUCAUUCAUUCAUCAUCAAAUAAAGGGAUAUGUAGCAAGAACUGGCAAUUGCUACAGAAAUGGUGAAAAAGACUUUUACCAGGGUGAGGGAAAUCUUUCCUGAUCCUUUCAACAUGGAUGGUGAUCUGGGGCUAAGAAGGGAAUAAGAAGUCAAGAGAGACUUCUCUUGAAUGUUGUCAGUGAGAAGCAAGUCUGAUCUUUUCAGAGGGCCAUGGAGAGAAAGACCUCACAUCUGUCCCAGAGGAAUAGUGGCUUACCCUGAGGGAAAUGGUUUGUGUAGGCUGCUAGUGAUAAGGGGCCUCAGAGCAGGAAGCCUGCAUAUGCCUGUCCUGGACUAGACCAUUCAGCUGUAUCUUGUAAGUUUGGUUGGGCCACUAGUGUAUAGGAACCAGAAGAGAAGGUUCUUCUAGAUUUAAUAGAGUGGGACUUGGUGUUAGCCUUUGGAGAGGGGAAAGCAUUAAUGAUGAAUGAAGUUAGCCUUUCAGGUUGGCUGGACUUGGGGGCUGCUCGACUGGUCCUUAAGAGAGAAAGCAUUAGUGAUGAAGUGAUCAAUAUAAUAGGGAAGGCUAGAUUUUGUGUAAUCAUGGGAUUGGUGGCUAAAACCAAAGAUUCAGUAAAUCUCAGAUGGUUCUGUUUUUACUGGGACUUUAUUCCAGGAUAUUUACUCUUCCCUGUGGAUUAGGAGUAUCUAGGGGAACACUUCUCAUGGGAUGAAUUUGGAAAGAAGUCUAGAGAGAAUUACUUCUUUUUCAAAUCCCUGAAAAUCAAGACAGCAUGUUUUGCCAUGACCGUGAUGGGUUUUUAUUAUUAUUAUUAUUAUUAUUAUUAUUAUUAUUAUUAUUAUCUUGAGAAAAAGGAAGAGCUUGUUUCCCUUGUAUUUCUCCAUUCCUUUUCAUGUUCUUAAGUGCUACCCAGAGAUUCAGCUCUGGAAGAUUAAAUGAGGAUAGCCUUUGACUUGUAUUCAAAAUAGUUUCUAUGCUCUGAAGUUUAUAUAGUUUUAAAAAUAUGACUAUUAAAAAAAAACUAAAGUUAA